GAACAGCUUUUCCUCUUACAAACUCUUCUCAGAGCGAGCUAUCUCAGAUAUCCACAAUGCUUGGAAUCAUCGAAUCCCUCAGCCUAUUGGCAUAUGUUGGUUUCUCCUUAGCGAUACUGGUUCCCUUGUCUGGAGCCUUGGUUCGUUUCAGAGCCCACUAUAACCCGAAGGGUCUCCAACUAGACUCCGAGGGUGGUGUGCAACCACACACAGGCCCUGUCAUAUCGUCCUUCUUCGGUAUGCUCAAAAGAGUGUACAGAAUUGAAGGAUGGUCAGGACUGUAUAAAGGACUGAUGCCGACACUUCUGUCGACCCUUUUUAUAAUGGUGUUUUUGUUGGUUUUCUUGAGUGAUAGUAAUCUUCGUCACGGAGCCUACAAUGUGCCUUCAGUUGGAGUACUAGGAACAUUGUCCUACAGCCUAUUUUCAAUGUUAAUAUCCCUCCCUCAAGUUAUCGUCACGGACAGAGCAAUCACAACUCCACACAAGCUCCCUUUCUUACAACCCAUUUAUUCCUUGCGUCUCCUUUUGACACCCACAGAGCGCCGUCGACCAUGGCUUCUUUACUUGACUCCUGGUCUCCUAGCUGCGCAAGUGUGUCACAUUGCAUAUGUAGUCCUCGGCCUGCGAUCUGUCCGCAAGUUACUCCUACCUCAGCUCUCUGAAAGUGGAUUCCCAACGGCGAAUGACAUUUCUUAUGUCAAGCUAGGCAUUUUCUCCGCCAUCGCGCUUCUCAGCACCUUCGUCUUGACACCACUAGAAGUAAUCACCACCCGCUUGGCGAUUCAACGUAACCACGCUGCGCCCGAAUUCAAUUCUGUGGCGCAGGAGGAAGAAGGCGAUGCAGAGGAGGGCGCCGAAUACGCUGGUGUAGAGGAGGACGUCAUUGGAUUGAGGAACGAAAGGGAUCCAUAUAUCGGUCUCUUAGACUGCGCUAAGAGGAUCAUUGAUGAAGAAGGAUGGGCUGCCUUGUAUCGCGCGUGGUGGCUGACGAUGUUGGGUAGCCUUAGUGGUGCAUUCGCGUAGAAGCAUGUUAAUACUGAGUGUUUUAGUUCAACAUGCAUGGGCUCUGACAUGAAUUUCAGCAGCAACUCGCGUUAUAAGUGUACAUAUACAUAGUGAUAAAAUUGUACAGUAAUUUUUUUGGAUCUUAUGGUAGCUGUAAUAUAUUCACUGCUACUUGAAUAAAUAUGGCUUUAGUGCCGCGGUAGACUUCUAACUGAAUGCAC